AUGGAGGACGACACACCAAUAGGAAGAGAGUCCAUCUCUCUCGCCUCAGUGGCCAACGGUUUGGACAACAGGGGUGCUGAGCUGUUGGAAAGUCUGGAGGAAGGCCAAGGCCCUGGCAGCAACGCAAGCCCUUCGGAAGCUGGGGACAGCUGGAGCAAGGCUGGCCCAGAGCCCUCCUCGGGAUGGAGAAGGAGGCUGCAACCAGCCCUGAGAGUGAGACACUUCUGCAGGGAGCACGCACACCUGUUCCGCUGGAUCUGCAUAGGCCUGCUCUGUACCGCAUAUACUGCCUUCCUGCUGGCAGCCUGCAUCCUGAAUUUCCAGAGGGCCCUGGCACUGUUCGUCCUCACCUGUGUGGUCCUCGUCUUCCUGGCCCACAGCCUGCUCAAGCGGCUGCUGGGGCCAAAACUGCUGAGGUGUGUCAAACCUCUAGGGCAUCCCUGCCUGAAACUCUGGUUUAAGAGGGGUCUAGCCCUUGCUGCUUUCCUGGGCCUGGUCUUAUGGCUGGCCCUGGACACCUCUCGGCGGCCUGAGCAGCUGGUGUCCUUUGGCGGAAUCUGCGUGUUCGUUGGCCUCCUCUUUGCCUUCUCAAAGCAUCACCGCGCAGUAUCCUGGCGGGCUGUGUUCUGGGGUCUUGGACUGCAAUUUGUACUCGGACUCAUCGUCAUCAGAACAGAACCAGGGUUUAUUGCAUUUCAGUGGCUGGGCGACCAGAUCCAGGUCUUCCUGAGCUACACUGAGUCCGGCUCCAGCUUCGUGUUUGGGGAGGCUCUGGUCAAGGAUGUCUUUGCCUUUCAGGUUUUGCCCAUCAUUGUUUUCUUCAGCUGUGCCAUGUCAGUUCUCUACUAUGUGGGCCUCAUGCAGUGGGUGAUUAUGAAGAUCUCCUGGCUGAUGCAGAUCACCAUGGGCACCACGGCCACAGAGACCCUGAGUGUGGCUGGGAAUAUCUUUGUGAGCCAGACCGAGGCUCCUCUACUCAUCCGACCCUAUUUGGCAGACAUGACACUCUCUGAAAUCCACGUUGUCAUGACUGGAGGCUACGCUACCAUUGCCGGCAGCCUGCUGGGCGCCUACAUCUCCUUUGGGAUCGAUGCUGCCUCCUUGAUCGCGGCCUCCGUGAUGGCUGCUCCUUGCGCUUUAGCCCUCUCCAAGCUGGCCUACCCAGAGGUGGAGGAGUCCAAGUUCAGAAGUAAGGAAGGCGUGAAACUGACCUACGGAGAUGCUCAAAACCUCUUAGAAGCAGCUAGCAGUGGCGCUGCCUUGUCCGUGAAGGUCGUGACCAACAUCGCAGCCAACCUGAUUGCCUUUCUGGCUGUGCUGGACUUCAUCAACGCUGCCCUUUCCUGGCUGGGAAACAUGGUGGACAUCCAGGGGCUCAGCUUCCAGCUCAUCUGCUCCUACAUCCUGCGGCCAGUGGCCUUCCUGAUGGGCGUGGCCUGGGAGGACUGCUCGGUGGUGGCGGAGCUGCUGGGGAUGAAGCUGUUUCUGAACGAGUUCGUGGCCUAUCAGGGGCUCUCCGAGUACAAGCAGCGCCGCCUUGCGGGCACUGAGGAGUGGGUCGGCUCCAAAAAGCAGUGGAUCUCCGUCAGAGCAGAAAUCCUCACAACGUAUGCUCUCUGUGGAUUCGCCAACUUCAGCUCCAUUGGGAUCAUGCUGGGAGGCCUGACCUCCAUGGCUCCCCAGCGGAAGAGCGACUUCUCCCAGAUCGUGCUCCGGGCGCUCUGCACGGGGGCCUGUGUGUCUCUGGUGAAUGCCUGUGUGGCCGGGAUCCUCUACAUGCCCAGGGGCCCUGCGGUGGACUGUGUGUCCCUCCUGAACACGACCCUCAACAGCAGCAGCUUUGAGGUGUACCAGUGCUGCCACCAGGCCUUCCAGAGACUACAAAUUCUGCUUCUUUUCAGCACCGGCCCGGAGUUCAGCCUAGCGGCCCUGGACAACUGCUGUCGGUUCUAUAAUCACACGAUCUGUGCGUAG